UUUUCCAGCGACGUGUCCCAUCUGUUCCCGCACAAAAGCGGCCUGUCUCGGACCUCUACAGACUACAACUGACGGAAAAAUGGGCGAAAUCAGGCUUCCCAGACACAUGUUUCUGUGGAGCAUGUCUGUCGUUUACUUGUUUGCCUUCGUCUCUCUCUACGUUCAGAUUCCAGGUCUCUAUGGAAAUGAGGGGAUCCUGCCGGCGCGCUGGCUCAUAACCCCUACGGAGAAGCCCCUGGCAGAGCUGCUGCAGGACACCCCCACGCUUCUGUGGCUGUGCCCACAGCUGGGCCUGGACAUCCAGCAAGGCUUGGAGCUCAUCUGCCUUCUGGGGAUAUUGCUGUCCUUUGGGGCCAUGGUCCUGCAGCCACUGCGAGACAGCAUGGUGUUCUUGUGCCUCUGGGUUCUCUACCUUUCCCUCUACCAGGUUGGAAAGGUCUUUCUUUACUUUCAGUGGGACAACCUUCUGCUAGAAACCGGCUUCCUGACUAUCCUGAUUGCUCCUUUAAACCUGUUCCGGUGGAAGUCGUCUUUCAAGUACCACGAUAACAUCACCUUCUGGCUUGUCCGUUGGCUACUCUUCCGCCUCAUGUUCGCCUCUGGUGUGGUCAAGCUCACGAGCCGCUGCCCCACCUGGUGGGGACUCACGGCUCUGACCUAUCACUACGAGACCCAGUGCAUCCCCACACCUUUGGCCUGGUAUGCUCACCAGCUGCCCCAGUGGUUCCAGAAACUUAGUGUCGUAGGCACCUUCGUCAUCGAGAUAGCCGUGCCCUUCCUCUUCUUCGCACCCAUCAGGUGCUUGAGGCUCACUGCCUUCUACUUGCAGGUUCUGCUGCAGGUUCUUAUUAUACUGACGGGGAACUACAAUUUCUUCAACCUCAUCACGAUCAUCUUGUGCUUCUCCUUGUUGGAUGACGACCAGGUUGGCUCUUGGUUUGGACACGGCAAGAAGAAAAAGGGCAAAAGUUGGCCUCAAGCCAUUAUCUCGUGGGCAGCCUUGCUAAUUGAGUUGGGAGUGUAUGUGCUCAUUAUCUAUGGGACCAGGUUGUAUUUUGAACUUGAAGUUGACUGGGAGACAAAGAGUAUGUCAUCUAAAACAGCAUUCACCUACCAUCAGUUUAAUCACUUUCUGAAGAUGGUCACAUUGCCCAGCAUUUGGAUUGGAGUUCUCUCUCUUACCUGGGAGGUCGUCAUAGCCAUGUUCAAGUGUGCUUGUGUGCGUGGAUUCUUCUGGAAACUCUGGGCCAUUGUCCAGUUGGCUGUAUUUGUCACAGCUGCCACUGGUAUCUUUGCCAUCAGCCUGGUUCCCUACACCUUCAUUGAGUAUGAUACUCACAGCAACAUCUGGCCUGGCGUGCGGAAGGCAUACGAAAUGGUGGACCGCUACCAGGUGGUAAACUCCUACGGUCUCUUCAGGCGGAUGACCGGGGUGGGCGGUCGUCCAGAGGUGGUGAUUGAGGGCAGCAUGGACAAGGUCAACUGGAUGGAGAUUGAAUUCAUGUACAAACCAGGCAACGUUAGUGGCCCUCCACCUGUCGUAGUCCCCCACCAGCCAAGGCUGGACUGGCAGAUGUGGUUUGCUGCCCUGGGCUCGCACUCCCAAAGCCCCUGGUUCUCUACUCUGGUGCAUCGGCUGUUGCAGGGCAGCAAGGAUGUGAUCGACCUGAUCCAGGUGGACAAAUCUAAAUAUCCUUUCAGCCAGCAGCCUCCAGCAUAUAUCAGGGCUCACCUGUACAAGUACUGGUUCACUAAGGCCAACAAAGAUGGGUCCCACCCCAAGCGAUGGUGGCGGAGGCAGUAUGUUGAGGAGUUCUUCCCCACCGUUAGUCUGGGAGACUCCACCCUGGAAAGUCUGCUCUGGCAACAUGGCAUCAAGGACAACAGUCCAGUAGAACGAAGUCCAGAUGGUCCAAUCCCUGAUGCCUUGAGGCUGCUGCGUGCCUACAUCCAGCCUCUCUCUGGGCCCCUGGUGCUUUGGACCCUCUUCUGCACAGGGGCUGCCAUUUGUCUGCUAAAAACAUUCUGCUCCAGGGCCCCUAGGGCCAGCAAGCCCAGGGCUGCCCCUGCUGAGACCAAGAGGAAGGCCAAAGACUCCCCAGGGACUGGCUUGGAGAAGAAGGACCAGGGGAAGAAGAGGGAAGAGCCUGCAUCCAUCCAAGGGGGGUCCAAGGUCUCUGAGGAGAGAUCUACUGAUGCUGACAGGAGAGUCUGGAAAAGAAAGUGAUUUGAUCCCCACCCUCCUUCACCUGACAGCAGAAGAUACGCUGUUCCCAAGUGCCAUUACGCUCUGCCUAAUUCUGCCUUCUCAGAAAUGUGCCUGCCUUUGUUUCUGUUCUUCUUGUUAGCUCAGCUAAACAUUCCUGAAAGCACCAUGCAACCUUUGCUAUUCUAUGCUUGGGUUAUAUUUUUUGUGAGGUUAAUGCAACCAAAGCACUUAAAGUGAAUUGGUGGCUGAGUUGUAUUUAAGUCACUUAUUUAUUUGGUGGUAUACUUUAUAUUCAGGGAAAAGGGGAUAAGCCUCAUGGUUAAAUUCAGUUUUCAAAGAUGAAAACAGCCCUCCAUCCAGUUUUUGUAGUUUUUCCCUUCAUGGCUCAUUUCCUGGUGUGAAAGUUCAGUCCAUGCAAAUCCUGCCUGUUUCGUAUAUAUUUGUGGUGGUGCAUGUUGAAGUCUGUCACACUUUUUUUUUUUUUUUUUUUUUUUU